CCCGGGCCACCUCCGCCCCCGCCCCUCGCCCCGUCCCCCAUCCUCCGGGGGCGCCCCAACCCCCUUCCCCGAGCUCGGCGGCAGCCCCUGACGACCCCCGUCGCCCGCCGCUCCCUCCCCGCCGCCGCCACCCACCCCGAGGAGGGAUGACCCUCUCCGGCGGCGGCAGCGCCAGCGACAUGUCCGGCCAGACCGUGCUGACGGCCGAGGACGUGGACAUCGAUGUGGUGGGCGAGGGCGACGACGGGCUGGAGGAGAAGGACAGCGACGCGGGCUGCGACAGCCCGGCGGGGCCGCCGGAGCUGCGCCUGGACGAGGCGGACGAGGUGACGCCGGCGGCGCCGCACCGCGGGCAGCCUCAGCCGCCGCACCAGCAGCCCCUGGCGUUGCCCAAGGAGGCGGCUGGAGCCGGGGCCGGGCCGGGGGGCGAGGCGGGCGCGUCCGAGGCCGACGGCUGCAAGGGCGGCGCGGGCGGCGAGGAGGGCGGCGGGAGCGGCGGCGGGCCCGGCGCGGGCAGCGGCGCGGCGGGCGGCCUGGCCCCGAGCAAGCCCAAGAACAGCCUGGUGAAGCCGCCCUACUCGUACAUCGCGCUCAUCACCAUGGCCAUCCUGCAGAGCCCGCAGAAGAAGCUGACCCUGAGCGGCAUCUGCGAGUUCAUCAGCAACCGCUUCCCCUACUACCGGGAGAAGUUCCCCGCCUGGCAGAACAGCAUCCGCCACAACCUCUCGCUCAACGACUGCUUCGUCAAGAUCCCCCGCGAGCCGGGCAACCCGGGCAAGGGCAACUACUGGACCCUGGACCCGCAGUCCGAGGACAUGUUCGACAACGGCAGCUUCCUGCGGCGCCGGAAGCGCUUCAAGCGCCACCAGCAGGAGCACCUGCGCGAGCAGACGGCGCUCAUGAUGCAGAGCUUCGGCGCCUACAGCCUGGCGGCGGCGGCGGGCGCCGCGGGGCCCUACGGCCGCCCCUACGGCCUGCACCCCGCGGCCGCGGCCGGCGCCUACUCGCACCCGGCGGCCGCGGCGGCGGCGGCGGCGGCCGCGGCGCUGCAGUACCCGUACGCGCUGCCGCCCGUGGCGCCCGUGCUGCCGCCCGCCGUGCCGCUGCUGCCCUCGGGCGAGCUGGGCCGCAAGGCGGCCGCCUUCGGCUCGCAGCUGGGGCCCGGCCUGCAGCUGCAGCUCAACAGCCUGGGCGCCGCCGCGGCCGCGGGCACGGCGGGCGCCGCGGGCUCCACCGCGUCGCUCAUCAAGUCGGAGCCGAGCGCGCGGCCGUCGUUCAGCAUCGAGAACAUCAUCGGCGGCGGCCCCGCGGCGCCCGGGGGCUCGGCGGCGGGCGCAGGGGGCGCCGGGGUGGCCGGGGGCGGCGGGGCCGGCGGCGCGGCGCAGCCCUUCCUGCGGCCGCCCGGGACCGUGCAGUCGGCGGCGCUCAUGGCCACGCACCAGCCGCUGUCGCUGAGCCGGACAACGGCCACCAUCGCGCCCAUCCUGAGCGUGCCGCUCUCGGGACAGUUCCUGCAGCCCGCAGCCUCGGCCGCCGCCGCCGCCGCCGCCGCCGCGCAAGCCAAGUGGCCGGCCCAAUAGGGACGCGCUGGUGGCCGGGACGCAGGGCCCGGCGGCGGCCCCGGGCGGCGGCCGCACUGCC